GUGAGCCGGGCUGAGAGGCCCGAAGAGGACGCGGACUCCGAGCCCCGGAGCCGAGGUCCCGCGGGGGUUCCGCGCCCGGGGUCCUUUGCCCAGGGAAGGCGGGGCAGAGGCGGCGGGAGGGGCGGUGAGGGCGGGGUUGGGUGGCGGUUCCGCGCCGCGGCUCUUUUCUCUCGAAUCCCCGAAACUCGGGGCUGAGAACUUCUCCCCGCCCGUGCCCCGCGCACCCUGCGACCCCCGGCUCCCGCACCUUGUGCUCAGCCCGCCCCCGCCCCGCCUCCGGCCGCACCGCCCCCACGGUCGGCCGCCCGCCGCGCUGCUCUCGGUUACAAAGGAGGGAAAAUGAGCCGGGCGGCGGCGGCGCGGCGCGGGGCCACGGCGGCGGCGGCUGCGAUGGCGGCCGCCCCCGGCACCACGUAGAACGCCCCCGCCCGCCCAGCAGCGGCCCAGGCCCGAGAGGAGCCUGCAGCUCGCCACUCGCCUCCCGAGCCCAGUGCGUCGCCUCCUGGCCGGAGGAGGAGGUAGUGAAGGAGGAGGAGGAGGAGGAGGAGGCGCCGCCUUCUCCUUGCCGCGCGCCCUCGCCGUUGUCUGCGCUUCGCUCUGGACCAGUUUGGGGAAGUUGCCGGAGCCCAGUGUCGCCCAGAUGUGCGACCUCAUUGAGCCGCAGCCCGCCGAGAAGAUCGGCAAGAUGAAGAAGUUGCGGAGAACUUUGUCGGAGAGUUUCAGCCGCAUUGCUUUGAAGAAAGACGACACCACCUUUGAUGAGAUAUGUGUCACAAAGAUGUCUACACGGAACUGCCCGGGAAUGGACUCAGUGAUCAAACCCUUGGACACAAUUCCUGAGGAUAAAAAAGUCAGGGUUCAGAGGACACAGAGCACUUUUGACCCAUUUGAGAAACCAGCUAAUCAAGUGAAGAGGGUGCAUUCGGAGAACAAUGCUUGCAUCAACUUUAAGUCUUCCUCCACUGGCAAAGAGUCUCCCAAAGUUAGGCGGCACUCCAGCCCCAGCUCGCCAACAAGUCCCAAAUUUGGAAAAGCUGACUCAUAUGAAAAACUGGAAAAGCUAGGGGAAGGAUCUUAUGCUACAGUAUACAAAGGGAAAAGCAAAGUGAAUGGGAAGUUGGUAGCCCUGAAGGUGAUUAGGCUGCAAGAAGAAGAAGGUACACCUUUUACAGCUAUCAGGGAAGCUUCUCUGUUAAAAGGACUAAAACAUGCUAACAUAGUGCUGCUUCAUGACAUCAUCCACACCAAGGAGACGCUGACACUUGUGUUCGAAUAUGUGCACACUGAUUUAUGUCAGUACAUGGACAAGCACCCUGGGGGGCUGCAUCCAGAUAAUGUGAAGUUGUUUUUAUUUCAGUUGCUGCGAGGGCUGUCUUACAUCCACCAGCGUUAUAUUUUGCACAGAGACCUGAAACCACAGAACCUUCUGAUCAGUGACACGGGGGAGUUAAAGCUGGCAGAUUUCGGUCUUGCAAGAGCAAAAUCUGUCCCUAGCCACACAUACUCCAAUGAAGUAGUUACCUUGUGGUACAGACCUCCAGAUGUCCUCCUGGGCUCGACAGAAUAUUCCACCUGCCUUGACAUGUGGGGAGUCGGCUGCAUCUUUGUCGAAAUGAUCCAAGGAGUUGCUGCUUUUCCAGGAAUGAAAGACAUUCAGGAUCAACUGGAACGAAUAUUUCUGGUUCUUGGAACACCAAAUGAGGACACGUGGCCUGGAGUUCAUUCUUUACCACAUUUUAAGCCAGAACGCUUUACCCUGUACAGCUCUAAAAACCUUAGGCAAGCAUGGAAUAAGCUCAGCUAUGUGAAUUAUGCAGAGGAUCUGGCCUCCAAGCUCCUACAGUGUUCCCCAAAGAACAGACUAUCAGCACAGGCUGCCUUGAGCCACAAGUAUUUUAGUGACCUGCCCCCACGGCUAUGGGAACUGACCGACAUGUCUUCUAUUUUUACCGUCCCAAAUGUAAGAUUACAGCCAGAAGCUGGAGAAAGCAUGCGGGCCUUCGGGAAAAACAAUAGUUAUGGCAAAAGUCUAUCAAAUAGCAAGCACUGAUGAGCACAGCAUUCUCAAGAAAGCACAGAAAAUAUGUGAAUAGGGCUGAAUUGCCAGCAUGGCAAAAAGAACAAAUGAAACUGUCCCCCUUGUCUUGGGGGUGAUGUGCCACAACCUUGAGCUGUAUGGGGGACUUCGCUGUUGCCUACAUCAGUGUGCCUCUCGGGAAUAUGGUGGUGACUUUUGAAUGAUGGAAAUGAAAGAUCCCCAGGUAAAAUGUGAUGUAUAAAUGCCAGUCAGAAAAUGUUACUGAUAGACUUGCUGCUCCGUGCUUGAAAGUCUGCCUUCUUCAGGUUAUUUCUCCCCAUUGAAUAAAAAUGUUACAUAGCACAAGUUCAUUCCCUCCAUAGUGUUUGUAUUCCCAUUCUGAAUUUCAGUUGGUCACACAAAGAGUGGGCUGAGUUACCUCCUGGGUCUGAGAAUAGUUUUAAUUCAUGAGGUUUGUAGCAUAUGGUUUUUAAAAGUAUUUAGGCUGCGUUACCAUAAUGAGGGUGCCUGGCUUUAGAAAUCCCACAGCCAAUUUAGUAAAACAAAACCAAAGGUGGAUUUCAUUUGUGUUGCCUGAGCCUACCUAGCCAGUCAAAGCUGCUCGUAGGUGCUUCAUGUCAGCUUCUCCUUGCAAAAUCAAGUCAAGCUGACUGGAUAGAAACACUGCCCGUAAGGUCUCAGGAAUUGCUAAUCAAAACCAGUCAUCCUGGUUUUGAAGGCUUUUAGGAAAAUGUAUUUUCUUUGCAGUAUAUAUUUUGAGCUAGAUUUAAGGUUAUGCAGGCUAAUUCCUCUAGAAUUAUUUGAUAAUAAUACAUAUAUGUUCUCUUUGCGUUUUCUCCUUUUUACAUCAACUUUUGAGGCUCUAAUGUUAUUGUUUAUGUUGCUUUCUUCCAAAUCCAAAUACCUCAGCUCGAGUCAACAUUAUAUUGAGGUAACAGCUGGAUUCUAAGAGUUUUCUGUCAGCCAGCAGAAAAAGAAACUCUUUUAAUUUCUCACCUUGCGAGUUUUUAACUUUACUCAAAUGAGGCCAUCUUAGAGAUCAAAUAAUAUAACCUGUAUGUGGACCUGCUACAUCUGGGUGUGGAACUUACUCUGACCAAUACCGGAAUAUUAAUGUCUGUAUUGUAGAUAUGACAGAGCAAAAAGUCUACAUAAAUAAGAGCAUUUGUACAGAAAAACAUAUAAUUCCCUAGAUUUUGGUUUUGUCAUUGAUGAAUUAAUUAACUGUUUUGAGCAGGCUGUGGCAUGUUUAGUUUUUCUCAAAGGUACCAAUUCUGGGCUCUCUGUAAAGCCCAAAGGGAUUGGGAAAGAAGAGGGGUGGGAAGAGGUUCAGGGCCCAACGAAGCUAAAACUGUAAUCUAGCAUUUCAGCCACAUGUCUUUGGGGAAUCUCGCAAGUCAGGGUGAAAAGUGCAUUGCUUCACUUCUCUUUUUGAGAUGAUGGAGAACGGUUCUAAGUCCUGACUUUCCACCUAUACCUCAGUGCCAAAUUGUUUCUAAACUUGCAUACUAAGGUCACUUCAAUUAUUUAGUUAAUAAUACUGGAUUUGCAUAAAGUGGCCUUAGUGGAAAAAAGCUAAUGAGAAGCAUUUUUCUUUGCAGCAGAAAGCAACUUUGGUUUCAGAAUCUUAUAACCAAAUUAAAAGAAAAGAAAACUCCCUGCACCUAAGUUAAAAAUGGGGUAUGUGGGGUGCCUGGGUGGCUCAGUGGGUUAAAGCCUCUGCCUUCGGCUUAAGUCAUGAUCCCAGAGUCCUGGGAUCGAGCCCCACAUCGGGCUCUCUGCUCAGUAGGGAGCCUGCUUCCCCCCCUCCCCCGCCUACUUGUCAUCUCUGUCAAAUAAAUAGGAUCUUUAAAAAAAAUUUUUUUUAAUGGGUUAGGUGCUAUUAGAUGGUCAAAAUACUGUGCUUCCUUUGUUUGUUAUCCUCUAAAGAUGUUAGUAGACUAAUGCUUUCAGAGAUAUUGUCCCCACUCUUUUUAGGCUAAGACCAUCCUAAAGUCUGAGAGAGCCUUAAAAUGUGCAUUGAAAUUUUUCCCAAAGAAAAGACCAGAGCCAUUAAAUACCACAUCCAUUUGUAUCACUCACAUUUGCAUCCAGGAAUCCCAAACACGCACCUGUGCUAAACUUAAUUUUCCAGUCAUUCUAAAUUGAGAUAGGAACUGCCUGGUUACUCUGUCUACUCCUCUUGCUGAAUACAGGGGUAAGAAAGACCCUCUGGCAUUAUUAUCUGAACAUUAGUUCAGGUGUUCUAAUGCCCUGGGGAGUUUUUAAAAUCACAAGUUCCUGGGGUCCAUGAAUCCACUUUGAAGAGGACCCCAGAGGAUGUUAAUGCAGGUAGCCCUUGAACCAUAUAUUAUGAAAUCUUCAGUAAAUAUUUGAGAACUAAACAAUGAACUUAUUUCAUUUAUUUAUUAUGAAAUAAAAUAAUCAACUAAAGACAGAAUAGGAAAAUCCAUCCCUUUCCUUCCUUUCCUUAUUCUUUUAAGGAAGAAUACCGUGGUUACACUAUCCAACAUGGAAAUCCCCUAGCCACGUGUGCUCUUUCCAUUUAAUUUUUAACAAUUAAAAUUAAAUCAGAAUUUUGUUUCCUCAGUAGCAGAACCCCAUCUCAAGUGCUCUUUAGCUCCACAUGACUUGUGGCCACUUACUGGGGACCGGGCAGACACAGAACCUCUCUAGUGUCACAGAACACUCUUCUGGACAGCACUGAUGAAGCCCAUUUACCCUGCUUGCCUUGUAACAAAGGAAUCGGGAAAAUUAAACGGCAUUCAACCAGUAAAACUAUGUUUCGGUUCUAGACGAUAGCCGUCUAAGAGAAGCUUGAAAUGUGUAGGGAAGGGGCGCCUUCAAGUGAGAAGACAGGUGGCAGAGUGAGAGGGGCAGAGACAGCAUUGGGAAUGACAGGAAGGGCUGUGCUGCAGGAACAGGAGAGAUCACGAGGUUGUUGGUGUUGGGAUCUUACAGAGAAAGGAGACACGGUCAGGUUUCUUCAGUUAACAGUGGUCUUUGUUGAGGUUGCUUUGGGAAAUUAGGCAGAACAAGGCUGACAGCCUACACAGCUGCACAGACAGGCCUCACAAAGACUGGGCGUCCAUCAGAAUCCAACGGGAGCCUUACUUUGUCUACCUCCUGAACCACCAUCUGAGCUCUGGUAACUGCUCCUGUGGUAGCCACCAGCCCUUGCUGUCCUCUGUGCUGUGACGUUAUGGCAGCUUGCUUUUUCCAGCUGUGCCUUGGCUAACAUUUUCCUCUUUUCUUCAUCUCAUGGCUUCCGCCCGCCCGUUUCUGCUUAUUCAUGAAUCCUGCUUAUUGUCAUUUCCCUUCAUCCCUCUGUUUCCAGGAUAGUCUGUCAGUGAGCUCUUUUCCUCAGAUUCCAGCCCUCCUCAGGAGCAGCUCUGAUUGGUGUAGGCAUCCUCAUGAAGCAGAAAACAAAGCUUUGAGCUAGGUUGUUGUGUCAAUCCAGAUCACUCCAUAAGCUGCUGACUGACUAGAUUGCCCUGGGCCCAGCACAGAGCCCUGAUCCCUUCUGCUGAGCUGUGAACAGGGCCAGUCUUUUCUCAAGGAACCCCUCAGGAGAGAGCUCUGGGUUUAGCGGUCUCUGAAGCUUCUACAAAGCAAGGAGUAUAGCCAGAAGGCACCUUGCCUGGCCUGUACAUUACCAAGGGAAGAAAUCAAACAAGUACAGAAGGAAAUUCCAAUUUUAAUGGCAUAGCAGCAUUCUCGUUGUGUGAUAUUUUUGACGAAAGGUCUUUUUAAGCCAUGUUGCAUUUUCUCAACUACAGACACAAAAGGCGAUAGUACUUAUUAACACUUAACACAGUGUAAGAAAUUCAGGUAUUAGUUGUAGCUUCCCUUUAGCAUCAGGGAGUUUUCUGGGUUUUUUCCUGCAAUAACUUAUUUUCUGUGUGAUCCUACGGAUUAUUUUCCCUGUCAAAUGACUACAGUUUUAUUAUCUCUGUUGUCUCAUGCAGUUGACAAUAGUUGUGGAAGAAGCAGGCAGAGGAGGAAACAAACCUUAGUGUUCCCCACAGGUUUUAACUGGAAGAAUCCCUGGUUUUUGUCAUUACUCCUACAUUGCUGCAGACGAAAAAAAUACAUCUCAUUUGGGGAAAUUGAGGAUGCUGUGAACCACAAAUGCAUAAUGCAUGUUAUGAACACCAGAUUGAGAAGAGGCUGGAAUGUUGGCGGUUUGCUUUUCCCACCCCAUCUACACCCCCCCUUUCCUUAGCUUCCCUACACUCUGGAGAGUCUAUUAUCGCCUCUAAACUCAGAUGUAAAAUAGUAGGCUAAGGGUGCUUGUCCCUUCUCUUCUCUCCCUCCCAUCUUGUCCCUCCACCCUUGCCUCUCCUUGUAUCCCCUCUGAUCUGUACCCUACAUCACCACCACCAACCCUAUGAAUGGAUUAGCAAAGGACUUGAAGGCCAUUACUGUCUCAAUCUGCUUAAUUAUGUCCUGGGACUGUCACAAAGUAGAAUGAAAAUAAAGUUAAAUACAUCAUGCUUCCCAGGUACAUAUUUUUAAGUAUUUUUUUUUGGAUUGACAUAAUUUCAGACUUGUAGAAUAGUUGCAAGAAGAGUACAGAGAAGUCCUGUUACCCUUCAUCUACUUUCCAGUGUUUGCAUUCUACUACAUUUGCUUUAUCAUAUUCAUUGUCUCUCCGUCCUUCCCUCUCCUGCUAUCUCUCAUACACACACACACACACACACACGUGUAUAUACACGUUGUUUUUCUAAACCAUUAUUUUUACUUACAUGAUGCCCCAUUACCUUUAAGUAUUUCAGUGUGCUUUUCUUAAAACCAGAAUUUAGAGUGAUAUUUUUAAAUUUAAAAAAUUUUGCUUUUUGCCCUUGCUUUUCGUUUUACUUUCUCUGAGGGUUUUUAAAAGCAAAAUGGCUAAAAGGGAAGAAACUGGUGUGAUGCUCCACAAAUUGGUUCAUCAGUCCAUGGAUGCUCAAAAAUUAGCUGUAUCUUUGUGAUUCGAUUUUCCAGGUCAGAUGAGCUUUCAAAUUGUGGAGUGAGGGUGGGGGGAAGGCACUGCAACUGGCAUCUUCUGUCUUUUUCAAACCCAAAUUAAUUUCUUAGGGACUAUUUAGCCAGCAGCAUAAUAUGAAUGAAGCUUUCUUAUAGGUGAUGGGCACAAGAUGUGAUAUGGCUAGUAAGCAAGAUAUCUAUUAGAAUGCUUGGCCAAACUAUUAUGAAGUUAGCAGUCACAUAUAACAAGUAGUUAUAAUCAGUUCAGGUGCUCUAUUUUUCCCUUUCAUUUAAUGUUGAUUCUUAUGAAUUUGGGAUACAGAGGGAAUCGUCUAUGCCCUAAGUGCACUGUAUUGUAUUAUUAAUACCAGGAUAGCAGCUGAGUCCCACUAGACAGUCUUUGUGGUCUGCGGAUGCUCUAAGAAGUGUCUGAGCAUAAAAGGAGGCUGUUUGAGUUGAAGUGGGCUGAUGGCCUGGGAUGACAUUUGAAUGCAUGGAGGACAAUGUCUAAAUGACAGUGUCGAGAAGGGAAGGCGAAAAGAAGCUUGAAACUGUUCCCAUUGUCCCACAGAUGCUCAUCACUCCUCCUGAGAUAUUCCUCACAUGGAAGCUUUGUCUGGGCAGAAACAGGGAGUGGGAUCAGGGAGGGAUAGACCCUGGGACCCUGGGACAAAAGCCAGGGAUUCAGGUCCUGAGGCACAUUAAAAUUCCAGAGAUAGCAAAUGUAAUGAAAACUGCAACCCGAAUGUAUUUCAAGUCUAACACAGUUAAAAGAUUUUAGCUAAAUUAUUACAAGUAUAUUUAACAAAAUGUUUGCAAUACUCUGAGAUGCUUCUAUGAAUAAAGCUUUUAAGAACAUCAAAUUGCUUGUGCAAAUGAAUAAUUUACUAAGUCUCUUUUGGAAUUUAGGGUAGCUGUUUCCUUUACCAAUGCGUGCGCGCGCACACAUGUACACACAC